AUGGAAAACAACCAGGAGGUAGACCAGACCAAGUAUAUCGACAAUGCUAUCCGCGCCGUGCGGGAGAAGAAGCCGCUUCCCGAAAUCGACUUUACCCUGCAUACUAUGGAGGAUGGCAGUCAAGUGAGCACUCAGGAACGGGUCUGCAAAGAUGUGCAAGCACCCGCCUUCCACCCGCCCAGCGACGAGCAAUUCUUCUCACCGCAAGAUCGCACCAAGCCCAACAUUCAAUUCCUCAAGCAGCACUUCUACCGCGAAGGCCGCUUGACUGAGCAGCAGGCGCUAUGGAUUAUAAAGAAGGGCACAGAGAUCCUAAAGUCGGAGCCCAACAUGCUGGAAAUGGAUGCACCCAUCACUGUGUGUGGAGACGUUCACGGACAGUACUACGAUCUCAUGAAGCUGUUUGAAGUCGGUGGCGACCCAGCGGAGACGCGAUACCUGUUCUUGGGUGACUACGUCGACCGCGGAUACUUUAGUAUAGAGUGUGUCCUGUACCUAUGGUCCCUCAAGAUCUGGUACCCCAACACGCUUUGGCUGCUCCGCGGCAACCACGAGUGCCGCCACUUGACCGACUACUUCACAUUCAAACUCGAAUGCAAGCACAAAUACUCUGAAGCCGUGUACGAAGCAUGCAUGGACUCGUUCUGCGCAUUACCUCUGGCCGCUGUCAUGAACAAGCAGUUCCUGUGUAUUCAUGGUGGACUGAGCCCCGAGCUUCACACCCUGGACGAUCUGAAGAGCAUUGACCGUUUCCGCGAGCCCCCCACGCACGGCCUCAUGUGCGACAUCCUCUGGGCCGAUCCACUCGAGGAGUUUGGACAGGAGAAGACUAACGAUUUCUUCGUUCACAACCAUGUCCGCGGAUGCUCGUACUUCUUCUCGUAUCCCGCCGCCUGUGCUUUCCUCGAAAAGAACAACCUCUUGUCCAUUAUCCGUGCACACGAGGCCCAAGAUGCCGGGUACCGAAUGUACCGCAAGACACGGACGACUGGCUUCCCCAGUGUCAUGACAAUCUUUAGUGCACCAAACUACUUGGAUGUGUACAACAACAAGGCUGCUGUUUUGAAGUACGAGAACAACGUCAUGAACAUUCGACAAUUCAACUGCACACCCCAUCCAUACUGGUUGCCCAACUUUAUGGACGUAUUCACGUGGUCAUUGCCGUUCGUUGGUGAGAAGAUCACCGACAUGCUCAUUGCUAUACUGAACACAUGUUCAAAGGAAGAACUUGAGGAAGAGACACCCAGCUCGCUUGCAUCUGGACCAUCAUCGCCGCCUAUUCCUAACAUGGACCCGGAGUCAACCGAGUUCAAGCGACGCGCGAUCAAGAACAAGAUCUUGGCCAUUGGUCGUCUCUCUCGCGUAUUUCAAGUACUGCGUGAAGAGUCUGAACGCGUUACUGAGCUGAAGACAGCAUCAGGUGGCCGACUGCCAGCAGGUACUCUCAUGCUUGGUGCCGAAGGAAUCAAGCAGGCGAUUCACAGCUUCGAGGACGCACGUAAGGUCGACUUACAGAACGAGAGACUCCCGCCGAGCCACGAAGAAGUACGAAAGUCUCAGGAGGUUAGCCGAGAGCAGGCUCUCGAGAAAGCUGCCAAGGAGGCAGACAACGACCAGGGACUAGCAACCGUGGCACGACGCAUCAGCAUGUCAUCUGGCUCCGGACGCAGCAAGAAGAGCUAGGCGCGAUUCAAGCGCUCACGAUCGGAGAGUGAGGCUGAUAGACAAGCCUUGUUGACGAAUUUGGGUCCUUGAUUUCUAUAUUGGCGGGCCAGCAGAUGCCAUCAGUAUACCAUGCAGGCGUAGUGGACCACAGGAUCGUAACCCAGAGGGUUUCACCUUAGGAAGGACGGCAGUGUCAGGCUUGCCGACUGCUCAGACUUCGAUUAGCCGGUUUCUUAUUGAAUCAAACCAGAAGCCAUUCCUAAGAUA